AUGGCGGACCUGAGCGGACUCUUUUUGUGCUGCUCGUGUUGUUGCGUACCGGAUGGUUCAUAUACCAGCCCAAAGACCAAACCUGAUCCCAGGGAACAGCAGAUCGACGACGAGUUCCUUGCCAGAAAUUACCGGCAGGAUUCGUCGGGGCGAUUCCAUACUCAGCCGACGCCAACGAGCUCAAUGUUUCCUCCGCAAAACACAAGCAGCAAUCGGUCGACAAAAUCAGAGCAGAAGCAGGAAGAAAACCCCAGUGAUGCAGCGGGGCACCGUGUAGAGCUUGUCCAGCUGAAGCCCCCAACGCUAGUUAUCGAUGGCUCUGGUUCGACUGCUUCGAGUACGAGCGACAGCGGGAAGCUUCAUCCAGCAAGCACCCUCUCUGGUGCUGGGUGA